UUAAAGUACACGUGUCAAAAUCAUGAAGGACAAUCACAAUCACCGAAAAGGGGUCACAUGGAGAUGUCUGACCAUGGUUAACAUUUAACCGAACCAGAGUUGGCUUUUUUUUUUGAGCUUGACCUUCCUUCUCUUUCAUCUUCCUCUAACCUUCUUUCUUCUCUUUCUACACCUUAAUUUGUUUCUGCAGCUUCAUCGCUCCGUUAAUGGCGCCUCAGAUCUAUCCCUCCCAUAUAUAACACUCCUUUUCAAACUCUUUCUCAAAACCACUCCCAAUUUUCGUUUCUUAUCUAUCAAUCAAGAUCUCGAGUUUUUUCUCCUUUUUCUUAAUUCAACGAAAUGUAUAAGCGAGUGUCCUUAUCGUUUCCAGAAGAAGUUCUUGAACACGUAUUCUCCUUUAUUCAUCUCGACAAAGACAGAAACUCCGUCUCUCUAGUCUGCAAGUCAUGGUACGAGAUCGAGCGUUGGUGCCGGAAGAAAGUCUUCAUCGGGAACUGCUACGCCGUCAGCCCCGCGGCGGUGAUAAGUCGGUUCCCUAAACUGAGAUCCGUGGAGAUUAAGGGGAAGCCACACUUCGCGGACUUCAAUUUGGUGCCGGAGGGAUGGGGAGGUGACGUGUAUCCGUGGAUUGAGGCGAUGUCGACUUCGUACACGUGGCUUGAGGAGAUAAGGCUGAAGAGGAUGGUGGUUAGCGACGAGUGUUUGGAGCUUAUUGCUAAGUCGUUUAAGAAUUUCAAAGUUUUAGUGCUUUCGUCAUGCGAUGGCUUCUCCACCGAUGGCCUCGCUGCUAUCGCCUCCACGUGCAGGAACCUGAAAGAGCUUGAUUUGCGUGAGAGUGAUGUUGAGGAUGUUAGUGGUCACUGGCUUAGCCAUUUUCCUGAUUCAUACACAUCUUUGGUUUCACUCAAUAUCUCUUGCUUAGCCUCUGAGGUCAGUUUCUCUGCCCUCGAAAGGCUGGUGAGCAGGUGUCCCUCUCUCAAGUCUCUAAAGCUUAACCGACCUGUUCCUCUUGAAAAACUGGCUACUUUGCUUCAAAGAGCACCUCAGAUUGAGGAAUUGGGCACUGGUGGCUACACUGCUGAUGUGCGUCCAGAUGUCUUCUCUGAUUUAUCUGUUGCUCUCUCCGGGUGCAAGAAGCUGAAGUGCUUAUCUGGGUUUUGGGAUGCUGCUCCUGCCUACCUUCCUGCGGUUUAUUCUGUUUGCAGUCGGGUUACUACUUUGAACCUGAGUUAUGCGACAGUCCAGAGCUAUGAUCUUGUCAAGCUUCUUAGCCAAUGCCCUAAACUGCAGCGCCUCUGGGUGUUGGACUACAUCGAGGAUACUGGUCUUGAAGUGCUUGCUUCAACCUGCAAGGACCUUCGGGAGUUGAGAGUGUUUCCGUCUGACCCUUUUGUCGUGGAGGCAAACGUUGCAUUGACGGAACAAGGGCUUGUCUCGGUCUCUAUAGGCUGUCCAAAACUCGAGUCGGUUCUUUACUUCUGCCGUCAGAUGACCAAUGAUGCUUUGGUAACCAUUGCUAGGAACCGUCCCAACAUGACACGCUUCCGUUUGUGCAUCAUUGAGCCGAAAGCCCCUGACCAUAUGACUCUAGAGCCACUGGAUGUUGGAUUUGGAGCCAUAGUAGAGCAUUGCAAAGAUCUCCGGCGGCUUUCCCUGUCAGGGCUCUUGACUGACAAGGUUUUCGAAUAUAUUGGGACAUAUGCAAAGAAGAUGGAAAUGCUGUCAGUGGCAUUUGCAGGAGAGAGUGACUUGGGCAUGCAUCAUGUUUUGUCAGGAUGCGAUAGCUUGAGGAAACUAGAGAUAAGGGACUGCCCGUUUGGAGACAAGGCGCUAUUGGCCAAUGCUUCAAAGCUGGAGACAAUGCGAUCUCUUUGGAUGUCUUCUUGUUCCGUGAGUUUUGGAGCCUGUAAGUUAUUAGGACAGAAGAUGCCAAAGCUCAAUGUGGAAGUCAUCGAUGAAAGGGGUCCGCCUGACUCGAGACCAGAGAGCUGCCCUGUUGAGAGAGUGUUCAUAUACCGAACAGUGGCGGGUCCUCGGUUUGACAUGCCUGGUUUCGUGUGGAACAUGGACCAACAACACUCAACCAUGAGGUUUACCAGGGAAAUGAUCACUACUACUAACGGGUUAUAAAAACAGAAAAUAAACGAGGUACAGUUUUUUCAUUAAAAUCCUUGUUCAUCAUCUCCCAUAUUAAUCGUUGCAGUUUAGGAACACGAGAGAGAGAGAGAGAGCUCUCCAUUAAUUUAAAUUUGAGCUGGUUCAUAUAACUAGCAAUGAAUAAGUGAAGAGAGAGGGAGACAGAGAGAGAAAAAGAUCCGAGAGACCUUCGUUUUUUUUUCUUCUUCAUAUUGUUGUAUGUUUGUUUGUCUACUUACUGAGAUCCUGGUUGGGUAUUAGUUUUGUUCAGAAGAUGAUAGAGAUUCUUUUAAAGACAAUGUCGAACUUGUAACUGUACUCUAUCUAUUUGGACUCAUUUUUAA